AUGAAAAAAGACAUUAAAGAAUUCGUUGAAUCCGAUGAAGAAAGAAAUUAUGAAAACUCAUUUGUGGAUAUAGCUGAAUUGGAGUAUAACCAGCAAGAUAACAAACAGCAGAAUGACAUUGAUGAUAGUGAAAGCAUCAAAUAUUUGAAUAUAAAGUUUACACCAGAGACGGUCAUAAGAACAGAAACACCACCACUGGAAAAUAAUUAUGAA